AUGGCUAAACUCAUCACUGUCGGCGUGCUCGCCUUGCAAGGGGGUGUCGUAGAGCACCUCUCACUCCUGGAAAAGGCCGCUGCUCAGAUUAACUUGUCUCCUCAGCAAGGGAAGCCCCUCACCUUCAGUUUUAUCGAAGUUCGUACCAUCGACCAGUUGGCGAAAUGUGAUGCCCUCAUCAUUCCCGGUGGCGAGAGCACGACCAUGGCUAUUGUUGCGCGCCGGCUAGGACUAAUGGACUCUCUGCGGGACUUUGUCAAAGUCCAACAUAAGCCCGUCUGGGGUACCUGCGCAGGCCUGGUCCUCCUCUCAGAACAGGCCAGUGCAACUAAGCAAGGGGGCCAAGAGCUGCUCGGCGGGUUAGACGUACGGGUUCAACGCAACCGGUACGGAACGCAAGUGCAAAGUUUUGUCGCUCCCUUAAAGCUCGACUUCUUGAGGGAAAAGAGUUCGACGGAGGACGAAGUGCCCCCGUUUAGGGGCGUGUUCAUCCGUGCGCCCGCGGUUGAGGAGGUGCUUGUGAAGGAAAAGUUGGGAGCCAAGCAGCCGGUAGAGGUCUUGGGGGUUUAUCGCCGGAAUGAUGCCGAUGGACAAGGAUACACGUUUGGUGGCUCAGGCAAGUUGUGGAUACAGUGCGGCAUGGGGACAUAG